AUGAGAACUAUUCUCCUUUUAAUUACAGUAGGACUACUAAUUUCUGCAAGUUCAGCCGCUAGCAUUGCAAACCUUGAAGCAAAAAGGUUAUUCUCAGAAGAAGGUGAUAGCUAUGACAGAGCGAAUCCUCGUAGAAUGGAAAAUUUAGGUAAAUUGUUGAUCAACGAGACACUAUCGUCAUCGGAAGUAUCUGACCAGGAUAAUCAAAAUCCAUCGGUGUCUUCGAAUGUUUCCGAAGAUGAUUUCCAAAACUCACCAUCGUCAUCGGAAGUUACAGACGAAGACAGUCAAACAUUGGAAUCACUACCUGUAACCGAAGAAGAACGUGGAAAACGAAUAUUGUCUGCAGAAGUUUUCGAGGACCUUCAAAAGUCAUCAACAUCAUCGGAAAAUCCUGAUCAAGAGGUUCAAAGCCCACUAGCUUUAUCGGAACCCGAAAUCGACCAUCGACAGCCACGAUCAUCACCAAUAGUUAUUGAAGAGGAUCGCCGGAAAUUAUCGUCAUCGGAAGUUUCCGAGAACCUUCAGAAGCCGCUCACAUCACCGAAACUUUCUGAUGAAGAGAUUGAAAUCCCGCUAGCGUCAUCAGAAGUUUCCGAGAAGGAACUUCAGAGGUCACGAUCGUCACCGGAAGUUAAAGAGGACAGUCAAAAAUCAAUAUCGUCAUCGGAAGUAUCGAAGGACCUUCGGAAGUCGCCAACAUCACCGAAACUUUCUGAUGGAGAAAUUCAAGUUCCACUAGCUUCAUCAGAAGUUUUCGAAGAAAAUUUUCCACCGUCACCGGAAGUUCCUAAAAAAGACCUGAAUGACGAAUUCUAUCAGAACAUGGCUUUUGCAAUGGAAAAAGCUGCACAGGAAGUUUUGAGAGAAAACGCUGGCGUUACUUCGUCAUCGGAAGUUUCUGAAGACCCGCGCAAGUUGCCGGUGUCAUCGGAAAUUCCAGAAAAGGACCUUCAAAAGCUGUUUGACUUCUUCCGAUACAUAGCUUCGACCCUGACAAAUGAAGAGUAUUCGAGUAAACUCAAAGACUCGUAUCCUGUUUGGGAUGUCAUUAGUUCUCUCUUGAAGGGAACUUAUAAAGCAUGUGAGAAUUCGCAAACUUCAACCCCUUCAGAAAUCGAUAAUAGCCGUAAAGACUCUCUCAAAUGGUGGCAAUUUAUAGAAACAACAAAGCGACCAUCGAAAACUGUGCGAAAAGAAUCUCAGGAAGACAUUGGUGACUGGUGGAAAUACAUACCCGAUGUGAAACAAGAAUCACCGCGAGAAGAGCCUAUGGACGAUAAUGACUUACCUCAAGCAAUGAAGGCACAACUAGCAGGAAACGUUACAAGUGAACUCGACAAGUAUCCUGCAUGGGAUGUCAUCGGCCACAGUACGUUCCUAUCUCUUACCUUAAUUUAUGGAUGGAAUUGUAACAAUCUUACUUUCCCAGUUCUGAAUGGUACCCUUGAGAUCGAAACAACUACACCACCACCUCAACGUCGUUGA